CUUGCAUGUUAUCACCAGGCCUCGAGCAUGGCACGACGAUGUUAGUAAGGUAAGGUACGUACCUACUUGGGCGUUCCUCCCGCGAUCAUCACGUGAGGGCGCGCCACACGUGGCGGGGCCGCAAGUUAGAAGACUGGACGGCAAGCCACUUGGUGUAGAUGAGGAGCCCAUUACCGCACUACGUACAUUAUCCACUCGAGUCUGUUUGAUCACUCACAAACCUAUCCUUCGCCUCUUCGUGUCCGAAUUCCUCUCCGCCGACCGUGCUCAUCAGAGAGACUUUUCGAUCCUACAUUUCUUGUGACGAGUCACCCCCCUCAUCACCCGACAACGAAGACCCUUGCGCAACGUCCGAUUACCCAACCAAUACCCCAAGAUGUCGACAGCUGCACGCCGCCGUUUGAUGCGUGACUUCAAGCGCAUGCAAACUGAUCCUCCCGCUGGUGUCUCGGCCUCGCCUGUUUCCGACAAUGUCAUGACAUGGAACGCAGUCAUCAUCGGUCCUGCCGAUACACCUUUCGAAGAUGGAACCUUUCGACUCGUGAUGCAGUUCGAGGAGCAGUACCCCAACAAACCGCCACAAGUCAAGUUCAUCAGCCAGAUGUUCCACCCAAACGUGUACUCAUCGGGCGAACUCUGUCUCGAUAUCCUUCAAAACAGAUGGAGUCCGACGUAUGACGUUGCUGCAGUGCUCACGAGCAUUCAAAGUCUCCUCAACGACCCCAAUACCGGAUCACCAGCCAACGUCGAGGCGUCGAACCUGUACAAAGACAAUCGCAAAGAAUACACGAAGCGGGUGAAGGAGACCGUGGAGAAGAGCUGGGAAGACUGAGGGCUCACUUUCAUCAAGCGGAAGCACCAGCGACAUAGCGUGAGCCUUGGGCACCGCUCUGUCUCCAAUAUCGGAGCUGUGGAGUUUGCAGGCGUUUACUGGCGCAUUUUGAGCUUUUAUACCAAGGAACCGGUCGCAUAGGGCAAGGAUAUUGGUCGUUCGGGUAGUGUUGAGGUCCAUAGCUCGAGGGUGUUCACGAUGGCAGCGUUGUAUUUGUUCAUGUCAGUGGCUUGUCUUUAGAUUACUUUUGGCGCCUUUAGUGGUGUUCUUUGAUUACAAAUGUCAACAAAUCUAGAACGAUGUUUGUACAGCA